AUGCGUACUCUGGUUGGCAUUGACGUCGGCGGCACAAACACAGAUGCCGUAUUGAUUGAUGCGGAUACAGCUCCCUCGGACCCAACGGGGAGCAUCCUAGCGAGCUGCAAAACACCCACAACACGCCACGUUGGCGAUGGCAUUUCUCAAGCUCUGCAAAAUGUCCUAGAGCAGUGGACUGGUGAGGAACGUCGCAGGAUUGUUGAUAGCUUAGUCAGGAUCACCAUUGGGACAACGCAAUUCCUGAAUGCAGUCGUUGAACGUGACUCGCAAAAGCUUUCUCCAGUUGCCCUCUUACGUCUGUGCGGACCUUAUACUCGCGAGUUGCCCGGCUUUGCAGGAAUCCCGCCAGAAUUGCGGCGAAUAAUUGAGGGCACCACUGUGUACCUUUCUGGUGGUUUAGAGUACAACGGAAACCUCAUUGAGCCCCUAGAUGAGGCCGAAAUCCGGCGUACAGCAGCAGAGUUACGGUCGCGCCAGCUGUUGAAUGUCGCUAUCGUUGGCGUUCAUACAUCAAUUGACUUCACAUUUCAGCAAGAGGAAACAGUAGAGCACAUAUUAAGAGAAGAACUCGGUCCCUCUGCGAUUAUCACGUUGUCCCGUGACAUAGCUGGUCUUGGCUUGUUAGAAAGGGAGAACGCGACUGUCAUCAACGCGGCCUUGAGGCCAUUGGCAAAAGUCACUGUUUCGAAUUUGACACAGUCUCUGACUGCCUUGGGGAUUCGGGCACCUGCAUUCUUCACUCAGAACAAUGGCGCCCUUAUUUCAGCUUCUGAGGCUAAGUGCUUACCGAUUCUUACCUAUCUGUCUGGACCGAUCAACUCCCUAACUGGGGCCGCUUUCUUGUCCCGCGGACAAGGUCCAUUCCUCAAGGACGUCGUUGUAGUAGACGUUGGGGGCACGAAAACUGAUACCUGCGUUCUGCAACCUACGGGCCUCCCACGUCCUGCAGCAGCCUUCUCCCUAUUAUCCGGUGCUCGAACAAACUUUUCCGUCCCAGACCUUCGUAGUAUAGGUCUCGGGGGCGGUUCGAUCAUUCACGUCGAUGAAAAGACGGGGAAUGUCAGGCUAGGCCCGGAUUCUGUCGGGUAUCAACUAGAGACUCGGUCCAGAAUAUUUGGCGGCCCUGAUCUCACUGUCACUGAUGUGGUGGUUUCGGCGCAAAGACAAUCGCCAAUUCUGUUGAAGAGCACCGCAAAAUCAAUUGAGGUUGCCCCGGAUGUUUUGCGUAAAGUGGAAAAAGAGAUUACACGCUUACUAGAAACUGUUGUCGACGAAAGCAAAACAGAAGGAGGUCCAGUGAAUAUCAUUCUGGUUGGCGGAGGCACAUUCCUAGUCUCAUCGUCUAUCCCAGGCGUGGGCCGUAUUUACCGACCUAACUAUGGGCACGUUGCAAACGCAGUCGGUGCGGCCAUGGCGCGCAUGUCUCAUAAGAUCGACCAGAUUGUAUCUAUUGGCCUGGAAACGACGGAGGAGAAAGUGUUGUCACGCCAAUGCGAUCGCACUAUUGAAGAAGCUCGACUCAGGGGUGCGUUGAACCCGCAGAUUGUGGAGAAAAGAACCAUGCCUCUUUCAUAUUCUUCAACCAGAAAAGUGAGAAUUAUCACUACCGCUGUUGGAGAUGCUGCGUUGAGUCCUUCCACAGAGGAUAACGAAGAUAAUGAGACCGAGUCUCCAGUCGCGCUAUCACGAGCCCCUAUCCCGUCAGAAGACCAGGCAAUUACUACAGAGAAUGAGCCUGAACCCACAAAAAAUGCAAGUACAUAUCGCCCGUCCGUUGUCUCUGGGAGAUGGAAACUUUCUCAAGCAGAUCUGUAUUUUUUAUUCGAAGGAUGCGGCAUUCUAGGAUGUGGCAUUCUAGGAUGUGGAGGCGGAGGUGACCCCUACCCGAGCUUUCUUUCUUCACUGGCCUUACUCAAAGCAGGACAGUCUGUAUAUGUUGUAGAUCCAGGCACUAUUCCCGCCAACGGGGCCGUGCCUGCAGUUGGAUUCAUGGGGUCACUAGAUAUACUGUCCGAGCGUUUUCCUUCUGGAGAGGAGCUUAAAUACUCGGUCCAAUCGGUCACGCCACAAGGCAUGGAUUCUAUAUCAGGUGUUAUUUCGUUGGAAAUCGGAGGGUCAAACGGCUUCCGCGGGAUCCAAGCAGCUGCAUGGACACAAAUACCCGUAAUUGACGCAGACCUCAUGGGUCGUGCAUACCCUAACCUAUGGCAGACGACUCUGACUCGAGCGGGCAUCCCAAUAACGCCGUGUGCUGUAUCUGAUGCAAAAGGAAACACGCUAAUCCACCACCGCGCAGCGAGCCACCAGGCAGUUGAAAAUUUCCUUCGACCUCUAUGCGCUGAAAUGGGAAAUGCGGCGGGCACCUCUUUCGCGCUACUGAAUGGAGACCAGAUUCGGUCGAGUACUGUCCAUCAUUCACUGUCUCUGGCAUGGAGAGUAGGGCGCGCAGUAUACAUUGCCCGCCAAGAGAAAACCGGUGUGGUCGCUUCUAUCCUAGCAGAAUAUCCUGGGCGACUCAUAUUCACUGGAAAGAUUGUUCAGGUUAAGCGCGAUAUCAGCGGGGGUUUUAGUCGAGGGUUCAUAGACCUUGUGAGAUCUCACGCAAUUGAGAAAGACGACGAGCCUGUUCGCGUAGAAUUCCAGAAUGAGAAUCUCCGCGUCACUACUCUCCAGGGCAAGAAGACCCUGACCGUUGUCCCUGAUCUCAUCACGGUUCUUGAUAGCGAGACAGGAAGUGCGGUAGGAACACAGGAUUACCGAUACGGACUGCACGUUUUCGUGAUUGCCUUGGUGGCUUCGCCACAAUGGUCUGAACAGGAAGGGUUAAAGAUUGGUGGACCAGCGGCCUUUGGGUGA